UCAGGGCUGGUGGGCAACAAGCGCAUGUAACAAUGGGCUGUGGUCUCCUCCACCACAGUGUAUCGAUGAAAGUAGUUGUGUUCAACCAGACGUCGUCCCCAACACAAGAUACAGUCCAAGCCCAACUGGAUGAACGUACAGACUCAUGCAGUGAACCUCCUCAUCUCCCUCACGCUGUAAUAAUCAACCAGACACAUCAGGAGGUGUUUGCUGCAGAUUCAGAAGUGAUGUAUCAGUGUGAGGACGGCUACACCACAGAGCAGGGAGAAUCCAGGAAGUCUGUCACUUGCAUAUCUGGAAACUGGACUGAAGGUCCAACCUGCAAACAGUCUGACACUGCACCAGCGAUCAGACCAGUAAAACCUGACUCUAGUCCUAUGAUGAUACCAGUCUCCAAUUGUGGAAAUUUACCACACAUUCCUCACAGUGCAGUUUUACCAGGCCGCAUUACUUUGACAUACAGCUGUGCUGGUAAUUAUAAACUAUUUGGUCCAAAGACUGUGGUGUGUUACAAUGAUGGCACAUGGUCAGAAACACCAACAUGUGAAGCUGAGGGACACUGUGUUCUGGAUCCUGCUCAGUAUCCUAAGGGAACAUUUAAUCGUGACUAUCAAGCUCAAAAUGUGCCAGAAGGAGAGACGAGAUACCUUCACUGUUUUCGGGACAGCCACGUCAGGGGUGUAAGAUGCAGUAAUGGAAUAUUAACUGUAGCACGUUACUGUUGCUUGUCUCAGGACAGGGAUAAUGAAAACUGCUGGUGAAACCGAACAGAGGAGCAGCUGCUGCCUGGUUGUUAAACAGGCACCAACAUGGAAACAUGUGAAACGUCUUCAGCAGCAAAACGCCUCAAUCCAAACAUGACGACAGUAAACCUCUACUGUGCUCAGAACAUGUUCAAUGAUUAAAACACAUUAUAAAUAAAGUUUUCAUGGUUUAUUGCUGUGAACAUAAACUUGUAUUUGCUGUAUCAACUGUGUGAAAAGUCACUUCAAAGUUUUCCAUCACAGUCUGACACAAGUUGUAGAGUGUUGUGUGAAAUCUUCAUGGAGCCAAUAAGUUACUGGAGACUGUGUCUUAUUAGUAGAUUUAUUUCUUGUU